AUGACUGAUCGGCUAGGAAAGCGACGGGGCUCCGAAUUUCCACAACCAGUGAGCACGCCACCACAUCAGAAUCAAUCUAAGCGGAGACAAUCAUCAGCCCAAGUCAGAUCUUAUCAAGACGAGAGGCCUGAUAAAAUGGAACCGUCUCACAGGCAUGACGAUAAUCUAUCCAGGAAGGUCCCGGAGGUUUCCGAGACCGAAUCCUGGAAACCAGACCCGGAUACGAUCAGAGUAUCUAAGGGAUCGCCUAGCACUCGCGAGGAAAGGAAGUCCGCCAAUUACAGCAGGAGUGAUUCGAAACGGCAGGAUUCGGUAGAGCAACGUAAAAUGUACACCGCCAGCUCAGAAUCGGAGCUGUUCGAGUGUGCAAUCUUGCCCAUCUUCCACAAACUCCUCACCGAACGUCACAAAAGCCAACCUCAUGGCCUCAACCUUAGUUAUGGUGUUAGUUGUCCCAAUAUAUCAAUCAAAUGCGACAUAGUAGAAUACGAAUUGGUAUACUCUGAAUUUGUUUUAGGAAAGUUCAAAUUGUACUGGAAACGGAAUAAGAUGAUAAUGAGACUUAAGCAGACUGUAAAGCGCCAAAACAUAGAAGAUUAUACGAAGAAUGCCUUCGAUAAUGGUGAUGAAACACAGGAUAUAUUUUCUGUAUCACCAGAUCACUGA